AUGGCCAGCCAGCCCGGAGCAACCAAGACCAUUUCCUGCGAGGAAUGUAAUUCUGAAUGUUCUUUAGGAUGUAGUGGAACAGGAGAACCAAAGCAAAUGGCAGGGACAUUUAAGGCUAAAGAUCUAAUCAUCACACCAGCCACCAUUUUAAAAGAAAAACCAGACCCAAAUAACCUUGUAUUUGGGACUGUUUUCACGGAUCACAUGUUGACAGUAGAAUGGUCUUUGAAUUUUGGAUGGGAAAAACCUCAAAUUAAGCCUCUUGAGAACUUGUCAUUACAUCCUGGUUCAUCAGCUCUUCACUAUGCAGUUGAAUUAUUUGAAGGAAUGAAGGCAUACCGAGGAGUAGAUGAAAAAAUACGUCUGUUUCGACCAAACCUCAACAUGGACAGGAUGCUUCGAUCUGCAAUAAGGGCAACUUUGCCUGAAUUUGACAAGGAAGAACUUUUAAAGUGUAUAAAAGAACUUGUGAAAUUGGAACAGGAAUGGGUUCCACACUCAACAUCAGCCAGCCUGUAUGUUCGCCCUACCCUUAUUGGAACUGAGCCUUCUCUUGGAGUAAAGAAGCCAACCAAAGCCCUUCUUUUUGUAAUUCUGUGUCCUGUGGGACCUUACUUUGCAAGUGGAAGCUUUAAUCCAGUAUCUCUGUGGGCCAAUCCGAAGUACGUAAGAGCCUGGAAGGGUGGAACUGGGGACUACAAAAUAGGAGGCAAUUAUGGUGCUUCCAUAUUUGCACAAAAUGAAGCAUUACAUUAUGGGUGUCAACAAGUUCUUUGGCUCUAUGGAGAAGAUCAUCAGAUAACUGAAGUGGGAACCAUGAACCUUUUCCUAUACUGGAUAAACGAAGAUGGAGAGGAUGAACUGGCAACUCCACCACUAGAUGGUAUCAUUCUUCCAGGAGUGACAAGGCAAAGUAUACUGGAUCUGGCACACAAAUGGGAUGAAUUUAAGGUGACUGAGAGGUACCUCACUAUGAAUGACUUAAUAGUUGCCCUAAAAGAAAACAGAGUAAAAGAGAUGUUUGGCUGUGGUACGGCUUGUGUUGUUUGCCCAGUUUCUGAUGUACUAUACAAGGGAGAGAAUAUUCAUGUUCCAACUAUGGAGAAUGGCCCUCAGCUUGCCACACGUAUUUUAAAUCAACUUACUGACAUCCAGUAUGGAAGAGAAGAGAGUGACUGGACAAUCUUGGUGUCUUGA